AUGAAGUACUUUGCCAUCAUUGCUAUCGUCUUGGCCUUGGCCUCCGUCUCAUUCGCAGACGUCAACGUCUUUACUGGACCAUUCGACUACAACAACUUGGCCAACGUUACCAACGUCCCAGGCGUUCCAAACAACAUUGCCGGCAGCGGUUAUUUGAAGAUUGAGGGAAGCGCAAGCGCAGGAUUCAACGUCACCUACAUUGUCAGCCUCCAGAACGCUGAGGACUUCACCAUUGGUUCCGUCAACGUCUCAUUUGCCAAGAAGAAUGCCGCAGGUCUCGACCUGCUCAACCUCGAGGUCCAAUUCAACGUGUCCCUCCCAUUCACUGGCAAGACUUUCGUCGGCGCCGGUUUCAUCCCAGUGCCAGGCAACUCAGACUUGGCCACCAAGCUCAACACCGGAGUUGCCAUGAUGAAGUCUGGCUCCAUGGGCCAAGGUAUCUUCAUCGUCUGUGACGGUACCACAGAGAAGAACGCCAUCACCCGUUCGCAGCUCACCUACCAAGCACCAGCAACCACCGGCACCACCGGCACCACUGGCACCACCACCGGCACCACCACCGGCACCACCACUACCACCGGCACUACCACUGCCCCAGCAUCGACCACUACCACUUCGUCCACCUCCCCCGCCACCAGCUCUGCUGCCAUCGUCUCUGCCUCCAUGUUCGUCGCUGCCUCUGGUCUCGUUGCUCUCCUCCUCUAA